AUGAACGACACAACCAACAUCUUCUGCGAAAACGGCGAAGCCAAUAGGUCGGGGGAGCAGACGUGUUUAAACGCAACGUCACCUUACAGCCACAUGGACGUCGCCACCUUCAUGCACGUGCUCCCGUCGGUUUACGGCAUUCUGUGCUUCGUGGGAGUCAUAGCCAAUGGGCUGGUUAUCUACGCUGUGGCCGCAUGCAAAAAGAAAAUGGUAUCGGACGUCUAUGUGCUGAACCUGGCGAUCGCAGACACGCUGUUCCUGCUUGUGAUGCCCUUCAACAUCCACCAGCUUGUCAGAGACAGGCAGUGGGUCUUCGGAAACUUCAUGUGCAAGGCGGUCGUGGUGGUGGAUGUCAGCAACCAGUUCACAACAGUGGGAGUUGUCACUGUCUUGUGCAUUGACAGGUACAUAGCUAUUGUCCACCCUACCUCAGAGAAGAGGACCAUCCAGUGGACUGUCAUCAUCAACAUACUGGUAUGGCUGGGAAGCUUCCUCCUUACCGUGCCUGUCAUGAUAUACACCAAGGUUGAGCGCAAACGACAGCUGGAGAUAUGCAUGAUGUUCCUGGAUGGGCCUGGGGACAUGUACUGGUACACCCUCUACCAGUCCAUCCUGGGCUUCAUCAUCCCCCUCAUCAUCAUUAGCACCUUUUACUCACUCACCCUCUUCCAUGUUUUCCGCUCCAUCCGUCGAGUGAAGCGAAAGCAGUCCCUCUGGGCCAAGAGGGCCACCAAAACCGUUGUGAUGGUUAUUGUGCUGUUCCUGAUCUGCUGGUCCCCAUAUCAUGUAAUUCAGGUGAUAAACCUGAGCAACAACACCCCGACCAACACCUUCGUCUAUGCCUACAACAUCAGUAUCUGCCUCAGCUACUCCCAUAGCUGCAUCAACCCUCUCAUGUUGCUAAUCUUUGCCCAGAAUUACCGUGAACGUCUUUGUCGCCGUAACGUACUCCACAACUCCCAGCACUCAUCCAAAAGUACUGUGGUUAAACCCGACGGCUCCAGUAUGGCCACUGACCCCAACUACCGCUGCACCGUCAUCUAA